AUGGGCGCUUACAAGUUCAUCCAGGAGCUAUGGAGGAAGAAGCAGUUGGAUGUGAUUCGCUUCCUUCUCAGGGUGCGCUGCUGGCAGUACCACCAGCUCUCCGCGCUGCACAGGGCCCCCCGCCCCACCCGGCCCGACAAAGCGUGCAGGCUGGGCUAUAAGGCCAAGCAAGGUUAUAUCAUAUAUCGGAUUCGUGUACGCUGUGGUGGCCACAAACGCCCUGUUCCUAAGGGUGCGACCUAUGGCAAGCCCGUCCAUCACGGUGUUAACCAGCUGAAGUUUGCUCGAAGUCUUCAGUCUGUUGCUGAAGAGAGAGAUGGACACCACUGUGGGGCUCUGAGAGUCCUGAAUUUUUACUGGGUUGGCGAAGAUUCCACGUACGAAUUCUUAGAGGUUAGCCUCAUUGAUCCAUUCCAUAAAGCUAUCAGAAGAAAUCCUGACACCCAAUGGAUCACCAAACCAGUCCACAAGCACAGGGAGAUGUGA